GCUGACCGAGGGCCUGAACACGGUGACCAGCCAGUCCCAGUCCCCCUGUCUGUCGGCCCGGAUCCGGCCCGGCGGCCCAGGGGGGGAAAUGGCAGAGUUCGUGGAUCACCCCUACAAGUCUUCGCUGCAAAGGCUAUUUCCCACGUGGCAUGUGAUGGUGUACGGCCAAAUAAAGUCAGCCAAUCCCGUGAAUACAUGGCUUCAACGCCAUUAGCGCAAUUACCUUCUGAAAGGCUAUGAUGGGCAGUGUUCCGAGUACCUCCAACUGCACAAGCCUGGCCGCGCCGCAGGUGCCCGGUGCAGUCAUUACCUCGUUUGUUGCAAGUGAGAUCCAUGGAAUCAGCAAAACCUUUCCAGGGAGUACCUUCGACGACGCCAUCACCGUCCGCGACUUUCGGGUCUGCGAUAUCAAGGUUACCCUGACCCAUCCGGGCGUCAACGACGAGGUCAACUUCCAGCUCUGGCUCCCUUUGACCAAAUGGAACGGCCGAUUCCAGGCUAUGGGAGGAGGUGGCUUUGCGGCCGGCGCGGGCGAAGAGGGACUCGGCAAUGCGGCCGCCCAUGGAUUCGCCGUGGGUACUACAGAUGGGGGCGGCUUGGGGGAAAAUGAGGUGACCGUCUCGCCUGAUAUCCUGAGCCCCGAUGGUCAAGUCGAUCUUGGUGUCUUUGCCGACUUUUCCUCUCGUGCCCUGCAUGAACUGGCGAUCGUGGGCAAGGCGGCCGCUUCCAGCUUCUAUGGCAAACCACCUCACCAUUCCUACUGGGCUGGCUGUUCGACCGGUGGCCGCCAGGGGUAUAUCAUGGCUCAACGCUACCCAGGUGACUUUGACGGCAUUGCGGCGCACGCCCCGGCCAUCCGCUGGCCCAGCGUCAUCACGAGUCUGCAGUGGCCGCAGGUGGUCAUGGACACCUACCGAAAGUGGCCCAGCAGUUGCGAGUUUCAGUACCUUGUCGACGAAACAAUUGCCGCGUGCGACAAACUGGACGGAGUCACUGAUGGAAUCAUCUCAGAUCCCUUCAACUGCGCCUUUGACCCACAAACCCUUGUCGGGCGAACAGUCGAGUGCAGUGGCCGCAAGAUCGGCAUCUCCAACGACACCGCCGACAUCUUCCAGCACAUCUACGACGGGCCCAAGAGCCCAGCAGGCACAUCCCUCGAGCCAGGUCUGACUUGGGGCACCACGCCACUGUACCUCGCGAGUACCCUGAACCUCGGCGACAUCAGCACCGGUAUCGACUUUCCGCUCGCUGCAGGGUGGUUUCAAUUCUUCCUCGAAAAGAACCCCUCCUUCAACCUCUCCUCCAUCACCACAGACGAGUUCCCCAGCUACCUCGCCCAAGCCUGGGCAGAGUACGGCGGCCUAAUCGGCACAUCCAACCCAGACCUGGGGCCCUUUCGCGACAGCGGUGGUAAACUCCUCACCUGGCACGGGCUGGCAGAUGGCCUUCUUACAGCAAAGAACACCCUCUUCUACCGCGACCAAGUCGAGCGAGUCAUGGGCGGAGCAGAAAACACCAACAAGUUCUACCGCCUCUUCCUUGCGCCGGGCGUUGAUCACUGCGCAGGUGGCAACGGCCCGCUCCCGACCAAGACCCUGGACGCAUUAAUCGCAUGGGUUGAACAGGGCAAGGCCCCAGAUGUGCUGCAUGGCCAAAUCAAGAACCCAAGCGGCACCACGGUGACCCGCGACAUCUGCCUCUAUCCCCUCGUGGCGCGAUAUGAUGGCAAGGGGGAUCCGAACAAGGCGAGCAGCUAUUCUUGCCAGGCUUCAUUCUAAUAGAGCGAGAUUCAUCCUGUUGAGGCCGUCCACUCUUUUGCUUUUCUUUUCUCUUCUGGGUCUCUCAUCUUCUUCUUUUUCAUUAUCUUUUGUGUAGCAUAAGCCCCAACACGGCGCGCUUGUACAUACUUGAUCAUCUAUAAUGGCCACGGCGAGUGUGCCUGGGCACAUGGGAUGACGUUUUUAUUUAAUCCUGCGCUAUAUAUUUGACGAGAAGUGCGCAGAUGGCUAGAUCCAUGACUACCUAGGUCCCAUAAUCAGCUAGCGCCUAGCUUGAUAUAACAUAUACCCUUCAAAGGGUUAACAACUUCACCAGUCGACUAAAAAGGUGCCAUGACUCCAGUCUAGUGACCGAUGUGGCAAUGUAGCUCAGAUUUCCGGCUGACAGGGGUAUAUCUCAUUGUAAGCUAGACUCAGCGCUGCUAAAGCUUCGUGCUAGGAUACAUUCUGGUUGUGGACAAAGG